AUGUCAUCACCACCCAUAAUAACGACAAAGAGUGUCCUUCCUCCUCCGCCACCACCACAGCCUUGGAUACACUACUUAACUCUAGACGCCCUCCUCAAAGUCCUCUACCGCACUCUUUUCAAUCCUUUCCUCGCCUGGGUCCUUGUCCUCUGCCUCCGUGCGCAGGUCACCCCACCUACACACCCGGCUUGGAUCAUUAGCGUUGGCUAUGCCGUUUUCCUGACCUUGCUCUUUGUCGCGAGCACGAUUAACCACCGCAUUGCGCAUGGCCUUCCAAGGACGGUGGAUCCCGAGCACGAGGUUGUGCUUGUUACAGGUGGGGCUAGUGGGCUGGGGCUUCUUAUUGCGCAGCUUUAUGCGAUGAGGGGUGUUCGCGUCGCGGUUUUGGAUAUUAAGGAGGUCGGGGAGAAGGAAGCCGAGGAGAUCUUUGGGGAGGACGUUGAUGUUAGGUGCUAUGCGGUUAAUGUUGGAGAGAGGAAGGCUUUGGAGGAUAUUCGAGGGAAGAUUUUGGAAGAGCUUGGGACUCCGAGUAUCAUUAUCAACUGCGCGGCGGCAAGGAUCAAUGGUCACUCGCUGCUGGAUUUGUCUGCAGAUGCUUUUGUAAAGACAGUGCAGACAAAUCUUGUCGCGGCUUUCCACUUGUAUCAGGUUUUUGUGCCCGGUAUUAUGAAUGCAGAACACGGUGGCACACUGGUGACAGUUGGCUCGGUGCUGGGCCAGUUAUCUCCGGCGGGGUUGUCGGACUACUCGGCCAGUAAGUCUGGACUUAGUGCGCUGCACCGAACAAUGGAAGCGGAAUUGCGUGGUCAUGAGCAGGUCAAAACACUGUUGGUGGAGACAGGCCAGAUGUCAACACCGUUGUUCAGCUGGGUCCGCACUCCGAGCCGCUUUUUUGCGCCGAUUUUGGAGCCGGUGGAAGUGGCUCGGGAGAUUGUGACUGCAGUCGAUAGUGGUCACGGUGGUGUGCUCAGAUUACCGGCGUUUGCAAAAUUGGUCAAUUGGUAUGCCGUGUUGCCGGGUGCGGUGCAGGUCGUAGCACGAUACCUGAGUGGCAUUGACAAGGCGGUGUCUUCCGGCCUUCAAAGUCGUGACACGUCCAACAGUGGUGGACGAGUUCUCAGGAGCUCGAAGAAACGGACCGAUUGA